CAGAGGAGGCGUUAAAUUUACAACCAGUAUUUUGAGUCAACUCAAAUUUCAAUUUACAGGGUAAACUUAUCGUGAAUUUGGUUCGCCGAAUAGCGAACGAUCAAUACAAAGUCAUCCGAUAAACGGCUUCAUCAUUUUGGAAUUAUUCCCAUACCAAAAAUCCAAGAUGACCGAUUCAAAAUACUUCACGACCACUAAGAAGGGCGAAAUAUUCGAGCUCAAGUCAGAAUUGAACAACGAUAAGAAGGAGAAGAAGAAAGAAGCGGUGAAGAAGGUUAUCGCUUCCAUGACCGUUGGAAAAGAUGUGUCGGCUCUGUUUCCCGACGUCGUCAAUUGCAUGCAAACGGACAAUUUGGAGCUCAAGAAACUCGUCUAUCUAUACCUGAUGAAUUACGCCAAGUCCCAACCGGAUAUGGCCAUAAUGGCAGUCAACACUUUCGUUAAAGAUUGCGAGGAUCCCAAUCCCUUGAUUCGAGCACUUGCAGUCCGAACUAUGGGAUGCAUUAGAGUCGAUAAAAUCACCGAAUACCUAUGUGAACCUUUGAGGAAGUGUCUCAAGGAUGAGGAUCCUUAUGUUAGAAAGACAGCUGCUGUUUGCGUUGCCAAACUCUACGAUAUUUCUUCCGGUCUCGUCGAAGAUCAGGGUUUUUUGGAUCAGCUCAAGGAGUUACUGAGCGAUUCUAAUCCGAUGGUUGUAGCCAAUGCCGUAGCGGCUUUAUCCGAGAUUAACGAGAGUAGUCCCACUGGACAACCGCUAGUCGAACUCAACACGUCGACCAUCAACAAACUCUUAACGGCUUUGAAUGAGUGCACGGAAUGGGGACAAGUGUUCAUCUUGGACUCUUUAUCAAACUACAACCCGAAGGACGACCGUGAAGCUCAAAGCAUAUGCGAAAGAAUAACACCAAGACUGGCCCAUGCCAACGCUGCUGUAGUUUUAUCGGCAGUCAAGGUUCUGAUGAAAAUGAUGGAAAUCCUCGCUGCAGACACAGAAUUCUGCGCCAGUUUAAGCAAGAAGCUGGCCCCUCCGCUAGUCACUCUCCUCUCCUCCGAACCCGAGGUUCAGUACGUGGCACUCAGAAAUAUCAAUCUAAUCGUGCAGAAGAAACCGGACAUACUCAAGCACGAGAUGAAGGUCUUCUUCGUCAAGUACAACGACCCCAUCUACGUGAAACUGGAAAAAUUGGACAUAAUGAUCCGUUUGGCCUCCCAGGCCAACAUCGCCCAGGUGCUGAGCGAGCUGAAGGAGUACGCCACUGAAGUCGACGUGGAUUUCGUCAGGAAGGCCGUCAGGGCCAUCGGCAGGUGCGCCAUCAAGGUAGAACCCUCUGCCGAGAGAUGCGUAUCGACCCUGCUCGAUCUGAUCCAGACCAAAGUCAACUACGUGGUGCAGGAGGCCAUCGUUGUGAUCAAGGAUAUAUUCAGGAAGUACCCCAACAAGUACGAGAGCAUCAUCAGCACCCUCUGCGAGAACCUGGACACUCUGGACGAGCCGGAGGCCAGAGCCAGCAUGGUGUGGAUAAUCGGGGAGUACGCGGAGAGGAUAGACAACGCCGACGAGCUGCUGGACAGCUUCCUGGAGGGCUUCGCCGACGAGAACGCCCAGGUGCAGCUCCAACUGCUGACGGCGGUCGUCAAGCUGUUCCUGAAGCGUCCCGCCCACACGCAGGCCCUCGUCCAGCACGUCCUCAGCCUGGCCACGCAGGACUCCGACAAUCCGGACCUCAGGGACAGAGGAUUCAUUUACUGGAGGUUAUUGAGUACAGAUCCUGCUGCAGCGAAGGAAGUGGUUCUGGCAGACAAACCGUUGAUUUCCGAAGAAACAGAUCUGUUAGAACCUACUUUAUUGGAUGAACUCAUCUGUCAUAUUUCAUCCUUGGCCAGCGUUUACCACAAACCUCCUACGGCGUUUGUAGAAGGACGUAGCGCAGGCAUAAGAAAAACCCUUCCAGCAGCCAAACCUGGAGUUGAAGAGCCCGCACCAGAAGCCACUGUGAUCCCCAGUCAAGAAUCCCUGAUAGGGGAUCUUUUAUCCAUGGAUAUCGGUAGUACCAUCACCCAGGCACCCGUUGUACAACCGACAACGAAUGUUGACCUUCUUGGAGGUGAUCUAGACAUCCUGUUGAGCGGUCCAAGUCCUGACCUAACCACUGGAGUCCAACCGUCCACAACCGGUCUCUUGGGGGACAUAUUCAUGUCUACGACACCGGUCAAGUUCAACCCACCAAAAUCCUGCUGGUUGCCUGCUGAAAAAGGAAAGGGUUUGGAAUUGUUCGGUACCUUUUCUCGUAGAGGAGGCCAGAUGGCCAUGGAACUAACGAUAACAAACAAAGCUAUGCAGGCCAUGAGCGGUUUCGCCAUACAGUUCAACAAGAACAGCUUCGGACUGGCCCCUGCCCAACCUUUGAACGUUGGGGCCCUACCUCCCGGUCAAAGUCUGGAAUAUCGACUCCUGUUGAACACCACCGGUCCGGUACAGAGGAUGGACCCCUUGACCACGCUUCAGGUGGCCAUCAAGAACAACGUCGAUGUUUUCUACUACGCCUGUCAAAUACCCCUCCAGAUUCUCUUCACCGAAGACGGUACCCUGGAUAAAAGGGUGUUUUUGACCACUUGGCGCGACAUACCGUCUGCCAACGAGGUUCAGUACACCCUGAACGAUCUGAGUGGUACUGCGGACAUGAUCUCGAACAAAAUGACCCAGAGCAACAUCUUCACGAUAGCGAAACGGAAUGUGGAGGGCCAGGAUAUGCUGUAUCAAUCCUUGAAACUCACCAAUAACAUUUGGGUCCUUCUGGAACUGAAACUGACCCCCGGUUCCACCACCGCCACUCUCAGCUUGAAGACGAGGUCUGUGGAGGUUGCCCCGUUUGUUUUCCAAGCCUACGACUUGAUCGUCAAAGCCUGAAAAUGAAUCGGGGAAGGUUAAGAUAUUUUUCGCUUCUUUAAUCGUGAUAACGUUAAAGUUAGAUUUAUAUAAGCUAUAAAUGUAUUCGAUCAUUGUGGUAAUCUGAUUACUUUACAGUGUGCAUCAAGAAAAUUACCUUCGACGUAUUGUUACAUUACCUUUUGCUAUGUUUUGGUAAUAUCGAUUGCAGUUGACUUGAAACGCACUGUAUUGGAAAUUAUCGUAAUUUAGAUGAAAAACUUUCGUAUUUUAUUCGAUUUCUGUUCAUUCCAUGUAUAAAAUAAUAUUAUAUAAGUACUGAAGUUGAAGUAUUUUAGUUGACUUUAUUCUAUAAAAAAUUGUGUAGAAAAAUAAUAAAUGUUGAACUUUUUA